CGCAUUGUUCAGCUGCAGAAAAGCGUAUGCGUAUUAAUGGAAAAUACAAAUAUGAAUUAUUUGGGAAACCUGUUUGCCAGUCAACCCACCAGCAAUGCUCCACUAGCAAAUCAUUGAACAUGGUCAAUCAAGCGUCGCCCAUGCCGAGUCCGCAGCUAUCUCAGCGCUUGCGUGAGUCCGUUCGCCGAAGUGUCAGACGCGUGGCAGCAUCACCAGUUGCUCCUAGCAACGACAUCAUUGGCGAUGUUGUGGGCAACUUUGGCAUCUGGCAGCUACGCACUGUGCUCAUCAUUUUUCUAUGCAAAAUACCCGCUGCUUGGUUUAUGGCCUGCAUCAUCUUUACCGCACCCGAGCUGUAUCCACGCACAGAGUUCACUUGUGAUACGAGCUAUCUGAACAGCAGUGGCAACUACAGCGUCAGCUCCAAUCAGUGCUAUGUGUCGGAUGAGUUUACGGACAGUCGCAGCGAGUGCCAGCAGUUCAAUUAUGUGUCCAGCUUCGACUCGCUGAUCAUGCAAUUCAAUUUGGUUUGUCUGCGUGACAUCUUCAUAGCCUGGACGCAGUACUGGCAUCUGUUUGGUGUGCUAGUGGGUGGUGUAGUGGGCACCAAAAUGAUGCUCGCAAUAAGUCCACGCAGCACUUACUGCGUGGGCGCCGUUGCGCAGAUCCUUUGUGGCGUCGUCACUGGCUAUGCUCGUGACUUUAGUUUGCACUGCGCCUUUCGCUGUCUCUCCGCUGUCUGCUGCGCCAUCAUGUUCACCGCUGGCCAGGCCAUCUUUGCUGAUAUAACCGCUGGCAUUCAUCGCAUUGGCGCCAUUAUACUCUAUGACACUUUCUGGUCUGUGGGCGUCAUACUGCUGCCCACUCUAUCCUCCUUCUUCAACAGCUGGUCACUCAUUUAUGUAGGCAUCACCUUUCCCACUGUCAUGCUUAUUGUGCUGCUCAACUGGACGCCCGACUCGCCUCGUUGGCUGCUGCGGCGCGCAGUUGAUAGUCACUCCAUUGAUUAUGUGGAGCGCAUUGUACGCGAAGGCGCUGAAAUCAAUGAUCGCAGCUUCAAAAUACCGCCAGAUUUUCGCCAGCAACUGGAGGUGCUAAGCGAGCGUCUUAAAGCAGCGCCUCCACCAGCGCCCUGGUCUCAGUUGUGGCAGGGCAAGCGCGCCAAGACGCACAUGAUUGCCGCUCAUUUGGCGCUGGCCUUCUUUGUCAUCAACUUCAUGGGCAUGCUGCUCAACAUUCGCUCAUUCGGACGCAACUAUCUAGUGCCAAAUACAAUUGCCAUGGGCUUCUCUGAGAUUAUUGGCUGCUUUCUGGCGCUGCACUUUACGCUGAAGCACAACAAGUGGAAAUGGCAGUGCGCUGGCACCUUCAAUAUACUCGCAGGCAUGCUGGGCUGCUUGGGCUGGCUCUUCACAGGCGCAGAUGCAAUGGAUGCGGAUUUGAAAGUCUCGCUUUGGAUGAUUAUUGCUACAGUGCCCAAGGCGGCAGUGUCCUGUGCUCAAUCCAUGCUGCUAGCCUGCAUGAAUGAGCUAAUGCCAGCCAACAAGAAGCAGCUAUUUGUCUUCUCUGUGGUGACAUGGGCGCGUGUUUGGCUGUUGUCCGCGCCCUUCUUCAACGUACUCAAGAAGAUCGACACUGCAUUGUCGUUGACCUCUUAUUGCAUUUUCAGCAUACUUGGGGGCAUUUGCACUUGUCUGCUGCUUACGCCUAGAACAAGUGUAGCGCCAAUGGUGCUGGAGCAGCAGCAGCCGCAGGAUAAAAAGGAGCAGUCGCCAUUGAAUGCGCCAGUCUGGACCAUCGAGUCGGAUGUGCACAAUACGCGCUUGUAAUAUAUAAAUCGAAUAAAACUCAGUGCUCUGUGAUUAGUUUAAGCCAA